AUGCGUCUAAGGGCGGAAGCAGAGAUCCUGGAAAGUGAAGAGGACAACCCAGAAAGUUUGUCAAACAGACUACGUGACUUUGAAAAUGAGUCAAAUGAUAAAGAACAACCUCCAACAGUAAAUCAACAAAGUCCUCUGAGGAACAUAACAGAAAAAUCAGCACGAGUGAAAAUUCCUGAAAACACUACUAUUAAGGGAACAUUAAACAGUCAAGUUGGUCAGAAACUUCCCAGUGCAAAUAGUGUACCAAGUAUAUAUGUUCAACCCAGCUCUAAUAAUCUGCCAAGAUUAAAAUUAACCACUUUUGAUGGGGACUCUCUUAAGUGGCCUGAUUGGUCUUCUAUGUUCAAAUCAAUGGUUGGUGAUGCAAACAUAUCCCUAAAUGCCAAAAUGCAACAUUUACAGAACUCAGUUACGGGUAAAGCUAAGACUUCAAUCGAGGGGUAUGGCUAUAGUGGUGAUUCAUAUAACAAAGCAAUGUCUGAGCUGGAAUCCAGAUUUGGUAAACCAUCAUUAGUCAUCAAAGCCACUCUUGGUAAGUUGAGAACCUUCAAUCGCUUACAAGAUAAUGAUCCAGAAAGUGUUCGAAGCUACUCUGAUGUUGUGUCAACUACUGUAUGGACGCUGUCAAGAUUUGGUUAUGUGAGUGAUCUUAAUGCGGAAGCAAACCUGUCGUUGGCUACAUACAAGUUAUCAAAUGAACUGCUACAAAAAUGGAAAGAACAUGUCAAGGAUGGCAAACUAGACCGUCCAAACUUGAGCCAUUUUUCAGUUUGGCUCAAAGGGCAAGCUGAUAUUUAUGAUGAGUGUGCAAGGUCAUCAAAGAAGAAUUUCAAGAGCAAAUACCAAAAGCA